AACCUGUUCAAAUUCCAAGGCCGGCUACUCUAUGCAAGCUGCAUGAUGACAGAAGGUUGAAAUAACAAUCCUAAUGCGACCAAGAAUUAUUACACGGUUGAAAUCACACCUGCAUCAGAGUUGUUUAACUUAUUCUUAUUCUUCGUAUAUAAAAAUGGAUCGUAAAAAGAGCAAAACGAAGGUGGUUUCAAGAUUGGAGGCCUCAAAGCGAGGCAAGAAUGAUAUUCCUGCAUCAGCCUCUAUAACGCUGACUGUGCUGUCUGCUGCCCCAGAAGGCACUGGUUCCAGUGUUCUACUUAAGCUAGCUUGUGAUAGGUAUUUGUUUAAUGCUCCAGAAUCCGUGCAGUUAUUCACAGAGAGUGUCAACAUCAAUAUGGUGAACAAUAUUUUCUUCACGAGAAAAAGUCAUGAAGCUCUGAGUGGACUAGGUGGGUUUCUAUUGUGUAAUACUGAAAAUUUUGAGCGGUCUGAAACAAUAAAACUACAUGGACCUCCUAAUGUGGAAAAGGUGCUGGACCUAUUAAGUCACUUUUCAGAGGGACAUGCUGAUCCAAGGGCAAGAAUUGAAUGGCGUGGUUUGCCACACAAGUCAUACGAAGAUGCUCAAGUGACAGUGGAAUAUGUGCCUCUAUAUGACGAGCGUUAUGAUGGCAAUAUUGAGAACAUGCAUAGGAACAGAGCUGACAUUGAUGAGGAAAAGGAGAUUGAGCAAGCUAAACAUAUGACAAUGGCUUAUAUUGUCAAGUUCAAGGAGACUGCACCCAAGGUGGAUAGACACAAACUGGAGGCACUCAAAAUCCAAAGUGGACCCUGGGUAGGGGAGCUAGUUAAGGGCAGGACAGUCACACUGCCAGAUGGUAGACAGCUGGAGCCUAAAGAUAUUAUUCAAGAAGAGGGUCCGGUUUUGGGACCACUGAUAGUGUUAGAAGUGCCUUGUGAGGCCUACCUGACUUCCCUGUUGACCUCCCCCCUUCACAACCUUCCUUCACCUGAUAUCAUCGUGCACAUCACCCCACAGAGCAUCAUAGACGACCCCAGAUACCAGAGCUUCAUGAAACGCUACGACUGUCGUCACCUGAUUCUCAAUGAAGCGGCCGAAAUGAGCUACCUUCCCGAACUCCACAACGCAUGUGGCAUACGUAACCACAUUCAUGGAGAUAUAUUCCCCCUACCUCGUGGGUACUCGUUCACGAGACCGUCUAUAGCAGAGGACACCAACACUGUAUAUGGUUGCUACCAUUUGAAUUACAUGAUGAGGCCGUAUAGUUCGAAGGGAUUUCAUUGUGACCAGAUUCCACAGUUCCAUGCAGGCAAGGCAAUGGAGGUGGCGAAAGAGAAGAUUAUGGAAGACGUCCGAAAGCUGAACAGGUCUGGCGGCAGCAGUAAAGAGGAACACAGCAAGGAAUGGGUGGACAAAGCGAUGGAAAGGUUUAAGCUUAAGCUGAAGAAUGGUGAUGCAGCGCCUAUAUUUGAUAAAGACUAUCCAGAGAUAACAUUUAUUGGCACGGGCCGGGGUCUGCGAAACCGUCACAAAAAAGAGGGGCAUCAGGAAUCCUUGUUACUUUAAGACAGAAUGAGUACAUGUUGUUAGACUGUGGUGAGGGCACUCUCCAUCAGAUGAUAACCAUGUACGGAAGGGAGAGAACCAAUCUGAUUCUUGCGCAAACCAAAGCUAUCUUUGUGUCACAUCUGCACUUCGACCACCAUGG